AUGGUAGCUCCGAAGCUUGACCUCGACGAGAUCCUCGCUUUCACGAUCGGCCUCGCGCGCGAGGCCGGGGACAUGAUCCUCAAGGGCCAGGCGAGGCGCUUCGCGACUGGCGCCGAGAUCGACACGAAGGCGAACGAGGUGGACCUCGUGACCGAGGUCGACAAGGCCGUCGAGGCAUUCAUCUUUGCGCGCAUCAGCGCGGCGUACCCUUCCCACUCUUUCGUCGGCGAGGAGACGUACGCCGGCGAGAGGAUCACCAACGAGCCGACCUGGAUUGGUGCCCCGAUCGACGGCACGACCAACUUUAUCCACGGGUAUCCCCUCGUGGCGACCUCUAUCGGGCUGGCGGUCAACGGCGUGCCCGUCCUCGGGGUGAUCUACAACCCGUUCCUCGACCAACUGUACACCGCCGCCAAGGGCCGCGGCGCGUGGCUGAACGGCAAGAUCCGCCUCCCGAUCUCGGGCAAGCCGCGUCCUCUGGACCUCGCGAGCGCGCUGAUCUCAGUGGACAUCGGCAACUCGCGCGCGGAGGACGAGCUCGUCUCCCGCCUGGGCACGUUCAAGACCCUCUCUAGCCGCGCAGCGGACGGGGGCAAGAUGGUCCACUCGCUGCGCAGCGUCGGGUGUACGAGCCUCAACCUCUGCCUCGUCGCCAGCGGGGGGCAGGACAUUAGGCACUGGGAGAUCGGCGGCUGGCCUUGGGACGUUUGUGCCGGGAUGGCGAUCCUCGCCGAGGCCGGCGGGGUUACGUUCGGCGGAAAGGACUCGGACCUCAGCGGCGAUGUCGACGCCGCGCUGCUUGUCGGCCGCAGGUUCCUCUUUGUUCGUGCUGUCCCCGGCCUGGGCGAGGCUCGGCUGCUUGCGCAGCGAUGUUUGGCCAAGGAGUUCUACGACACCACCGAGCACAUCGAGGUGUAGGGCACAGCUGUAGCUUGUAUUGAGAUGCAAAUUGUUCAGCUUACAUGGACAGAACAGGUUCAG